AGAAAAGAAAAGGACAGACAGACAGAAAGGGUCAGGGUCCUGAAGCAGCCGGACAUCCUGAAAGUCUGAUUCCCAUCUUGAAAGCCUCUUCCGAAAGGCCAUAUGUUGCCUGGCACAGAGGGCGCAGGACAGGAAGCUGCUGAGCACGGCUCCCUUUGCCGCUGAAGAGAGACCAUCUUGCAGUCCUAAGGAGUGACCUUCACCUGUGCCCUGCAGACAGUGCUUGCUGACACAACCAUGCCCAGCCGGAUCCCUCUUCCUGCAUUCUGCUGCUUCCUUCUCCCCUGGGCCUUCACCAGCUUUCACAAAGCCCUGGGCAACCCGGCCCCCCAUCCGAGUCCCCACUACCUCCUGCCCCCCAUCCACGAAGUCAUUCACUCUCGUCGUGGGGCCACGACCACACUGCCCUGCGUCCUGGGCACCUCGCCUCCCAGCUACAAAGUACGCUGGAGCAAAGUGGAGCCCGGGGAGCUCCGGGAAACGCUAAUCCUCAUCACCAACGGACUGCACGCCCGGGACUACGGGCUUCUGGGAGGGCGCGCCAGCUUGCGGAAGGGGCAUCGGCUGGAUGCCUCCCUGAUCAUCAAGAACGUACGUCUAGAGGAUGAGGGUCGGUACCGCUGCGAGCUCAUCAAUGGCAUCGAGGACGAGAGCGUGGCACUGACCCUGCGCUUGGAGGGUGUGGUGUUUCCGUACCAACCCAGCCGGGGCCGCUACCAGUUCAAUUACUUCGAGGCGAAGCAGGCGUGUGAGGAGCAGGACGGACGCCUGGCCACUUACGGCCAACUCUACCAGGCGUGGACCGAGGGGCUGGACUGGUGCAACGCCGGCUGGUUGCUCGAGGGCUCCGUGCGAUACCCUGUGCUCACCGCGCGGGCUCCGUGCGGCGGCCACGGGCGGCCAGGCAUCCGCAGCUACGGGCCCCGCGACCGCAGCCGCGACCGCUACGACGCCUUCUGCUUCACCUCGGCCCUGGCAGGCCAGGUGUUCUUCGUGCCCGGGCGGCUGACGCUGACCGAAGCCCACGCGGCUUGCCGGCGGCGCGGAGCUGUGGUAGCCAAGGUCGGGCACCUCUACGCCGCCUGGAAGUUCUCGGGGCUGGAUCGGUGCGACGGAGGCUGGCUGGCGGACGGCAGCGUUCGCUUCCCCAUCACCACGCCGCGGCCGCGCUGCGGGGGUCUCCCUGACCCCGGGGUGCGCAGCUUCGGCUUCCCCCGGCCCCAGCAGGCGGCCUACGGGACCUACUGCUAUGCGGAGAAGUAGGAGUGCACUGCCCUGCCACGCGCGACAGAGUGGCGGGUCCCCUCUGGACAGAUGAAGGCCAAGCCCCCACACCUGCCUUCCCAGGCCAGCGCGGUGCUCCAGGCUCCUGGGUAAAAGGGCGUCCUGAGCAUUAAAUGACCAAUAAAAUAACAUGGCACCUUUUUUGUUCGAUAA